CAUUUUGCAUCUUUUGGGUAAUGCAUUUGUCGCAAUGACAGCAAAAUUAUUAAAAGUCACGCCCCUGGGACCAUUGACCUUCUCCAAAGAGAACAGCAAUACGACAAAUGUAUCCGUGAAUAAUAUAUCCAAAGUGCCAGUGUUGUAUAAGCUACAAAGCACCGUUUGGGGCAAGUUCAAAAUGCGUCCCCGUUGGGGCGUGCUGUUGCCCAACGAACAAGCCCAAUGCAGCAUUACCCUCAACCAGGGAGCGGAGCUCUCGAAACGCGGCCUCGAUCGUGUCCUCUUGGUCUGCAUGAUGGCGCCCAUUAACUCGGUGGACAUGGACUUUACAUCGUCCUUCUGGCGUCACAAUAUCUGCUAUGAUCCGAUGGUGGAAAAGCAUUCGUUUAGUUUUCAGCAAUCGAAAGAUUCCAUGAAACGGCAGGAACAGCUGGAGACUGCCGCUCGUCCUAUUGCCCCGAUUUACUGGAGGUAAUUUUCGUCCUUUGAGUGACUACAGACUACUGUCUCAUAUUGGCCAACACAUUGACAAAGUUAUUGGUUAUUAAAAACUAAGGGCGUGUCUAUCUAACUGUCUGUCUAACUGCCUGCCACCUGAGGCCUUUCCUUGCGGCCCAUGUGUCUCUCUGUUACACAACAACACAUCAAGUGGGGCUCAAGGAUCCUUUGCUGGCUGCAUCAAGUAUCAAGUGGAUGCUGCAAAUGGCAGUGGCAACAGUUCCAUCAUUGAUUAAUGAAAAUUAAUGAAGAAAGCACGAGGAAACCUAAUGAUUAUCCUACACUUUGAAGUGGCAAAACCCUUUCAAACCUUGCAUAAAUGUAACCCAUAACCCAUUUAUGUUUGAGCUCUUUCGUGCGCACAGUGGAGUAAAUGGUUUUUCCAAGAAAAGCCCCAAAAACGGCAACUAAAUAAAGACAUUUGGAAAUUU